AUGAGUAGCACCAGCCGCCGUAUUCAUCGUAAAACCGGCUGUGUGCCGUGUAAAAUCCGCAAGAAAAGAUGCUCAGAAGACAAACCGGUGUGCACGGCAUGCAAAAGGUUAGACAUAACAUGCGUAUAUCUGCCUGAAAGUUGUCCGCGAGAAAAGAUCAGUUUUUUUCGAGAACAAGUCGAGGAACAGCUGUUGGAGAGAAAGAAACUCAAUCCUAAGGGGACUCGUAACGGCAGCACCGUUCAGGCUGAGGAACAGCCGUUGGAGAAAAAAAAACACAAUCCCAAGGGGACUCGCAACGGCAGCACCGUUCAGGUCAUUCCAAAAGUCGAAGAUGACGAUAUCACCACCGAAAUCUCUUCAGAGGCUGUACUUGCUAAUACGAUCAGACCGUCGGACCUGUGGCAAGUCCCGCCGUACGAAGAAGCUGCUGACGACCCCGACAAUUUCUUGGAUUUGAUAUUUCCAGCGCCUUCACCCUUACCGUCACUAUCAGAACCUGGGUUGAUGAAACUUGACGAUACCGCUAUGCAUCUCUACAAUUAUUACCGCGAUUCUUUAUCCCAGAUAAUCUCCAUCGCGCCCAGCAGACAGAAUUAUUAUCUUAGAAUAUUUCUGCCAAUGGCGCAUCAAAAUAAGGGCAUAUUAUAUGGUAUCUUGGCUUGGGCAGCACACCAUUUAUCACUCAGUGGUGCUGCCAGCACUGGUAUCGCGCAAGGCGUCCCAACUAUCACACGAUGUAGAGAGUCCAGUCCUGCUGCUCUUGACGAAACCUACCGCGAUGUCAAUUGGUACGAUAGCGACUCAAUUCGAGAUGACCCAUCGACAUCGCUUAUGUCAUCGCCAUUGUCCUCGAGCGAAAGCUCGAACUCGUCAACGACUAGACAAUCGCCAGGACAGUCACCAAGAUCUUCCAAAAAAUGGCCCAUGGAUAUGGAAAUGAGGCCCAGUGCUCAGCCAGACCCACGCUACGCUGCCGUUGCGAAUGAAUACACCCUCUACUCAUUACAAGAAAUUUCAAAUUCUACCAGAGAGGGACUUCUUCCGGCUUUGGCAAACCUUCUUGUGUUAUGCGGCGCAGAGAUUUGUCAGGGUGACAUUGAGCGCUGGAGGAUUCUUCUUCGAUAUGGCGCACGUAUAAUCAAAGAUCGGACACCAAAUAAUGACAUCGGAGAAUUGUUAACCGAAAGCGAAAAGCCCAGUUCUCAAUUGGACGCUAAAGUGACCCGCUGGCUUUUGUCAAAUUUUGCAUACCACGAUAUUCUGGGUUCAGAUAAAACUCACUUCCCAAUGGAGCAGUAUUCGCGGAUUCUGGAAGAACCUGCCAUCACCUACAAUUAUCCAGUGGAUCCUUUAUACGGAGUUAAUAGACCCGUUUUCCAGAUACUGGGUCAAGUCAAAAACCUUGCGCGCAAGAUAAAGCAAGAAAUGGCAGCUGGAGGUCAUAACAGCGGCUUGGUGGUGAACGGACCUUUGUACAAUAUAUUAGGAGCGGCUCAACGUUUACAAACGUCUCUGUACAACAUCCAGCCUAGUGAAUACGAGCUCGCAUGGUAUCAAAAUCUGGCAGACAACGGCGACGAUGCACGCCCGUUGGCAAAAGUCCUCUACUCGGUAUUUCGUACCACGGCUCUUCUGCAUUUGAAAACUGCAGUCAUGCGUCAGCCUUCAGAAUCUUACGAAAUUCAAUACAUGGUCUUGGAGUUGUCGAAUGAUCUUGAUAAAGUAUUGGGCUCGAGACUGGAAGGCGGGUUAUGUUUCCCGCUGUUUAUUUGCGGUGUAAAUUCGUACCACAGCGCCCUACGGCAGGACGUUGAGCUCAAAUUUACUAACUUUUUGCAACGUUAUAAGUUCCGAAACGUUGAGAGGGCGUUCGCGGUAAUGCGGCAGGUGUGGCAUGAUUGCGAUACAGGGCAUGAAAAGGACUGGUACGAUAUUGUGGAUGAGAUCGGAUGGGAUCUCAAUUUCGCAUAA